GCUGCUUGCGACCUCCACACCCCCAACGCCGCCCUCACUUCUCACUCAUGGCACCCUCUGCGCCAAUCUGCACGCGUCCCGGCUGCGGCCAGCUCUUCUCGUCGCCGGGGCCGUGCGCUCACCACUCGGGCGCGCCCGUGUUCCACGAGGGCCUCAAGUCGUGGUCGUGCUGCAACGAGACGCACAAGCCCGUGCUCGAGUUCGACCAGUUCCUCGCCAUUCCGCCGUGCGCCUCGGCAGAAGCGCACUCUGACGUCAAGCCGAAGAAGCCCGAGCCCAAGGCGGCGCCGGCAGCUGCGCCCUCGUCCACCGCAAACGGCAGCACCGAGGUCUUUGGCGCCGCCGCGCCCAAGCCCGUAACGCAGCCGGCGGCGCCGCUGAGCGCUGCAGCGCUUGCGGCUGCUGCCAAGCAGGCGAAGCAGGAGGCGGUAGAGAAGCCGGAGGAGCAGGACCCGCCAGAGGCCGAUGGCAGCGCCAUUGCGGCUGGCGCGCCGUGCAAGCGCGCCGGCUGCUCGGCCAAGUUCGAGGGCGGCAAGCGGGAUCGCGCGGCGGAGAAGUGCACAUACCACAAGGGCACGGCCAUCUUCCACGAAGGCAGCAAGGGCUACACGUGCUGCAAGCGGCGCGUGCUCGACUUUGCCGACUUCCUCACGAUCGCAGGCUGCACCGACGCAGCGCACGGGCACCUGUUCGUGGGCAGUGAGCCGGUCAAGGAGGCGCCGGCAGAUGGCAUCGAGCGCGUCGAGGCGCGGAUAGACCACUACGAGACGCCGGCCGACGUGCGCGUCACGGUGUAUGCCAAGGGCUGCGAUGCCGAGGCAUCGAGCGUGCAGUUUGAGGAGAGCGAAGUCAAGAUCGCGCUGGCACUGCCCGACGCGCCGAGCGGCUCGAAGCGGCGAUACGAGCGCGUGCUGCGGCCCUUUGCGCCCAUCGAUGCGGCCGCGAGCUCCUUCCGGCUGACCAAGUUCAAGCUGGACCUCGUCUUGGUCAAGAAGAGCGCGAACGAGUCGUGGCCGACGCUGGAGUCGGGCGAGCGGGCACUGGGCUGGGGCAACACGUUCGGCCGCAAGUAGCAGCU